CCGGAGCGGCGGGGGAGAGGGGCCGGGAGGCGGGGGCCGUGCCGCCCGCUCUCCUCUCCCUCGGCGCCGCCGCCGCCGCCCGCGGGGCUGGGACCCGAUGCGGUUAGAGCCGCGGAGCCUGGAAGAGCCCCGAGCGUUUCUGCUUUGGGACAACCAUACAUCUAAUUCCUUAAAGUAGUUUUAUAUGUAAAACUUGCAAAGAAUCAGAACAAUGCCUCCACGACCAUCAUCAGGUGAACUGUGGGGCAUCCACUUGAUGCCCCCAAGAAUCCUAGUAGAAUGUUUACUACCAAAUGGAAUGAUAGUGACUUUAGAAUGCCUCCGUGAGGCUACAUUAAUAACCAUAAAGCAUGAACUAUUUAAAGAAGCAAGAAAAUACCCCCUCCAUCAACUUCUUCAAGAUGAAUCUUCUUACAUUUUCGUAAGUGUUACUCAAGAAGCAGAAAGGGAAGAAUUUUUUGAUGAAACGAGACGACUUUGUGACCUUCGGCUUUUUCAACCCUUUUUAAAAGUAAUUGAACCAGUAGGCAACCGUGAAGAAAAGAUCCUCAAUCGAGAAAUUGGUUUUGCUAUCGGCAUGCCAGUGUGUGAAUUUGAUAUGGUUAAAGAUCCAGAAGUACAGGACUUCCGAAGAAAUAUUCUGAACGUUUGUAAAGAAGCUGUGGAUCUUAGGGACCUCAAUUCACCUCAUAGUAGAGCAAUGUAUGUCUAUCCUCCAAAUGUAGAAUCUUCACCAGAAUUGCCAAAGCACAUAUAUAAUAAAUUAGAUAAAGGGCAAAUAAUAGUGGUGAUCUGGGUAAUAGUUUCUCCAAAUAAUGACAAGCAGAAGUAUACUCUGAAAAUCAACCAUGACUGUGUACCAGAACAAGUAAUUGCUGAAGCAAUCAGGAAAAAAACUCGAAGUAUGUUGCUAUCCUCUGAACAACUAAAACUCUGUGUUUUAGAAUAUCAGGGCAAGUAUAUUUUAAAAGUGUGUGGAUGUGAUGAAUACUUCCUAGAAAAAUAUCCUCUGAGUCAGUAUAAGUAUAUAAGAAGCUGUAUAAUGCUUGGGAGGAUGCCCAAUUUGAUGUUGAUGGCUAAAGAAAGCCUUUAUUCUCAACUGCCAAUGGACUGUUUUACAAUGCCAUCUUAUUCCAGACGCAUUUCCACAGCUACACCAUAUAUGAAUGGAGAAACAUCUACAAAAUCCCUUUGGGUUAUAAAUAGUGCACUCAGAAUAAAAAUUCUUUGUGCAACCUACGUGAAUGUAAAUAUUCGAGACAUUGAUAAGAUCUAUGUUCGAACAGGUAUCUACCAUGGAGGAGAACCCUUAUGUGACAAUGUGAACACUCAAAGAGUACCUUGUUCCAAUCCCAGGUGGAAUGAAUGGCUGAAUUAUGAUAUAUACAUUCCUGAUCUUCCUCGUGCUGCUCGACUUUGCCUUUCCAUUUGCUCUGUUAAAGGCCGAAAGGGUGCUAAAGAGGAACACUGUCCAUUGGCAUGGGGAAAUAUAAACUUGUUUGAUUACACAGACACUCUAGUAUCUGGAAAAAUGGCUUUGAAUCUUUGGCCAGUACCUCAUGGAUUAGAAGAUUUGCUGAACCCUAUUGGUGUUACUGGAUCAAAUCCAAAUAAAGAAACUCCAUGCUUAGAGUUGGAGUUUGACUGGUUCAGCAGUGUGGUAAAGUUCCCAGAUAUGUCAGUGAUUGAAGAGCAUGCCAAUUGGUCUGUAUCCCGAGAAGCAGGAUUUAGCUAUUCCCACGCAGGACUGAGUAACAGACUAGCUAGAGACAAUGAAUUAAGGGAAAAUGACAAAGAACAGCUCAAAGCAAUUUCUACACGAGAUCCUCUCUCUGAAAUCACUGAGCAGGAGAAAGAUUUUCUAUGGAGCCACAGACACUAUUGUGUAACUAUCCCCGAAAUUCUACCCAAAUUGCUUCUGUCUGUUAAAUGGAAUUCUAGAGAUGAAGUAGCCCAGAUGUAUUGCUUGGUAAAAGAUUGGCCUCCAAUCAAACCUGAACAGGCUAUGGAACUUCUGGACUGUAAUUACCCAGAUCCUAUGGUUCGAGGUUUUGCUGUUCGGUGCUUGGAAAAAUAUUUAACAGAUGACAAACUUUCUCAGUAUUUAAUUCAGCUAGUACAGGUCCUAAAAUAUGAACAAUAUUUGGAUAACUUGCUUGUGAGAUUUUUACUGAAGAAAGCAUUGACUAAUCAAAGGAUUGGGCACUUUUUCUUUUGGCAUUUAAAAUCUGAGAUGCACAAUAAAACAGUUAGCCAGAGGUUUGGCCUGCUUUUGGAGUCCUAUUGUCGUGCAUGUGGGAUGUAUUUGAAGCACCUGAAUAGGCAAGUCGAGGCAAUGGAAAAGCUCAUUAACUUAACUGACAUUCUCAAACAGGAGAAGAAGGAUGAAACGCAAAAGGUACAGAUGAAGUUUUUAGUUGAGCAAAUGAGGCGACCAGAUUUCAUGGAUGCUCUGCAGGGCUUUCUGUCUCCUCUAAACCCUGCUCAUCAACUAGGAAACCUCAGGCUUGAAGAGUGUCGAAUUAUGUCCUCUGCAAAAAGGCCACUGUGGUUGAAUUGGGAGAACCCAGACAUCAUGUCAGAGUUACUGUUUCAGAACAAUGAGAUCAUCUUUAAAAAUGGGGAUGAUUUACGGCAAGAUAUGCUAACACUUCAAAUUAUUCGUAUUAUGGAAAAUAUCUGGCAAAAUCAAGGUCUUGAUCUUCGAAUGUUACCUUAUGGUUGUCUGUCAAUCGGUGACUGUGUGGGACUUAUUGAGGUGGUGCGAAAUUCUCACACUAUUAUGCAAAUUCAGUGCAAAGGCGGCUUGAAAGGUGCACUGCAGUUCAACAGCCACACACUACAUCAGUGGCUCAAAGACAAGAACAAAGGAGAAAUAUAUGAUGCAGCCAUUGACCUGUUUACACGUUCAUGUGCUGGAUACUGUGUAGCUACCUUCAUUUUGGGAAUUGGAGAUCGUCACAAUAGUAACAUCAUGGUGAAAGACGAUGGACAACUGUUUCAUAUAGAUUUUGGACACUUUUUGGAUCACAAGAAGAAAAAAUUUGGUUAUAAACGAGAACGUGUGCCAUUUGUUUUGACACAGGAUUUCUUAAUAGUGAUUAGUAAAGGAGCCCAAGAAUGCACAAAGACAAGAGAAUUUGAGAGGUUUCAGGAGAUGUGUUACAAGGCUUAUCUAGCUAUUCGACAGCAUGCCAAUCUCUUCAUAAAUCUUUUCUCAAUGAUGCUUGGCUCUGGAAUGCCAGAACUACAAUCUUUUGAUGACAUUGCAUACAUUCGAAAGACCCUAGCCUUAGAUAAAACUGAGCAAGAGGCUUUGGAGUAUUUCAUGAAACAAAUGAAUGAUGCACAUCAUGGUGGCUGGACAACAAAAAUGGAUUGGAUCUUCCACACAAUUAAACAGCAUGCAUUGAACUGAAAAGAUAACUGAGAAAAUGAAAGCUCACUCUGGAUUCCACACUGCACUGUUAAUAACUCUCAGCAGGCAAAGGCCGAUUGCAUAGGAAUUGCACAAUCCAUGAACAGCAUUAGAAUUUACAGCAAGAACAGAAAUAAAAUACUAUAUAAUUUAAAUAAUGUAAACGCAAACAGGGUUUGAUAGCACUUAAACUAGUUCAUUUCAAAAUUAAGCUUUAGAAUAAUGCGCAAUUUCAUGUUAUGCCUUAAGUCCAAAAAGGUAAACUUUGAAGUUUGUAUCUUUUUUUAAAAAACAAAACAAAACAAAAAUCCCCAAAAUAUAUAGAAAUGAUGGAGAAGGAAAAAGAAUGAUGUUUUUUUUUGUCUUGCAAAUGUUCUAUGUUUUGAAAUGUGGACACAACAAAGGCUGUUAUUGCAUUAGGUGUAAGUAAACUGGAGUUUAUGUUAAAUUACAUUGAUUGGAAAAGAAUGAAAAUUUCUUAUUUUUCCAUUGCUGUUCAAUUUAUAGUUUGAAGUGGGUUUUUGACUCCUUGUUUAAUGAAGAAAAAUGCUUGGGGUGGAAGGGACUCUUGAGAUUUCACCAGAGACUUUUUCUUUUUAAUAAAUCAAACCUUUUGAUGAUCUGAGGUCUUACCUGCAGUUUUGGAAGCAGUCACAAAUGAGACCUGUUAUAAGGUGGUAUUUUUUUUUUUCUUCUGGACAGUAUUUAAAGGAUCUUAUUCUUAUUUCCCAGGGAAAUUCUGGGCUCCCACAAAGUAAAAAAAAAAAAAAAAAAUCAUCAUAGAAAAAGAAUGAGCAGGAAUAGUUCUUAUUCCAGAAUUGUACAGUAUUCACCUUAAGUUGAUUUUUUUCUCCUUCUGCAAUUGAACUGAAUACAUUUUUCACGCAUGUUUUCCAGAAAAUAGAAGUAUUAAUGUUAUUAAAAAGAUUAUUUUUUUUAUUAAAGGCUAUUUAUAUUAUAGAAACUAUCAUUAAUAUAUAUUCUUUAUUUACAUGAUCUGUCCCAUAGUCAUGCAUUGUUUUGCACCCCAAAUUUUUUAUUGUUCAUAGCAGCAUGGUCAGCUUUCUUCUUGGUCUAUAGAUGAGGCUCAGGCACUAUCCCAUUUAUACCAAUAACCAGUGUAUAACUACUUAAGGAAAACAUAAAAACUUCAUCUUCUUUCCUUUUAUUUCUUAUGUGAAUCUCCCAUCUUCCAUUCUCUUUUAUAAUUGAGAAUGUCUCAAUCAUAUGAAAUUAGUUACCAGAAUUAACACAAUUUAGACUCUCUUCCUGAUUCCUUAAACCCCUUUACUGAAGUAUACUCAUGAAUAAUACUUUAAAAUAUGGGGGAAUAGAAACCAUGAACUUUUUACCUUUUUAAACUAUUUAUCCAUAUCUCCAAAGUAGAACAUUAAACCAUUUUAAGAUAUGUCUCAUUCCCAAGUAGUCAGAGCUCACUCUCCAACUUUAUUAAAUACUAUUUGAGCACAGGACACAUUCUUAAACAUUUUGAAAAACAUUAACCCAAGAUGUAGAGGCUACUGCUAGUCGUCAUUCUAGAAUCUGAUAUUUUACUCUGUAUUUGAAAUGAAUGAUUAAUGUCCUAGGAAAUUAGCUUUAGCAGAUGUCCAGGUGCCACAUCAAAAAAGUGCAAUAAUUAUUGACAGUUUUUUAGAUUAGGCAUAUUAUUGGAAAACAACUUUAUAAAGAGUGAACAUUGUAUACUCUAGUAAAACAGCAUCACUUUAAAAAUAUUCAUUUAUGAAAUCUGUUACCUAUAGUUGAAGAGUAGUGAACAAGGGACUCUAAUACCAAUACUCUUAAUAUCUGGCUAUUUUAGAUCCCUUAAAGGGCAUAAUAAUUGGAAAUUUAGGUAUUUCACUAAAGCAUGUAUAUAAUAUUGCCAACAAGAAAAAUAAAUUUGAAGAUUAAGGGAACUUACUUCUGCAAACUGUCUUGCAAUAGUUAAGCAGAAUUUAAACUCUGUUUUAAGCAGGAAACCAGAAAGAUUAUUUUGCAGUUGUAGAAGAUUUCAUAACUUAUUAAAACUUAUUAACAUUUUGUGUUGUUUAGAUAUAGGCAGUUGAUACAUACUAACAUCCCAGCCUUUUCAAUAUCAGGGUUAAAUUAUAGGAAAACUCAGUAAAAUGGUACAAAUCUGAAACUUUGAUGGUAGAAACUGAAGAUUUAACAGAGAACUGUGUUUUACCCGAGUGCCAAAAAUGCUGUGAGCCUCCUUGCACAAAAUUUAUACCACUUUUGCAUUUUUAUCUAUCAGUCCAGAUAGUUGUCUCCCCUCCUUCUCCCAGGACCUCUCCACCAUUAAAAUGCACAAACCACAUGGCCGAUUUCACCAUUUACAUUGAUUUUCAAAAGUUACUACAACCAAAUUAAUUCUAUUAGAAGAAAUGUAGACAAAUUCUAUAAAGACUAUAGAUUGUGACCUAAGAAAGAAAUGAGGCAAAGAACCAAACAUUGAAUUAAAUGCUACAUGGGUGACUAAGAUCUGUUUCAAGUCAGUGAUAAUAUAGCCACUUCUGGGUACUUCAGUAUCAGAGAUCAGUUCUCGUGGUUUAGACAGUUCCUAUCUAUAGCUGACUAUCCUUGUCCUUGAAUAUGGUGUAACUGACUAUUGGCUCUACAGUUUUAUUGGGCCACUUAAGAAAUAUUUCCUUGAAUAAUUAUUUUGAGAAAAAGUCUAAACAUAAUAAAAAUAAUUUUAAACACACUGUAGUAAGAAAUGACUGUUGGAAAAUUAUGCUUUCACUUUCUACCGUAUUCUCAGCUAUACAAAACCAUUUAUUUUGAAGAUUUUUAGACUACUGUUAAUUUGAAAUCUGUUACUCUUAUUGUGGAAUUUGUUUUUUUAAAAAAGAUGUUUCUAAUUGGAUUUUUAAAAGAAGAAUGGAAUUUGGUUGCUAUUUUACAAUAGAACCUAAGCUUUUUGUGGUUCUUAGUGUCCUAUGUAAAACUUAGUGUCAAAGUAAUCAACUUUGAGAUUUUCCCUUCUAUUCUGCUUUAUAUUAAAAGCCCAUUAGAAAAUGGGAACCUGGUGAAUAUAUAAUGAAUUGUAAAAUAUUUUAAUGUGUAACUUUUUCAACUGUGAAACUGACUAUUGAUUUUUUGAUGAAAACAGCUGCUGAUAAAGUA